AUGCGACUUGCCUCCUCUCUUGUGUCAAUGACACAAAUUCGAACAUCCGAGAUCUCAAGACCAGCGGACAUUUCGCUUCCAUUCUGGCAGACUCAUACGGCACUGAACGAUAUUCUGGCCGCUGGCUUCUCGGUGGAUCAAAACAGCGCACAUUGUACUGGCGUGAUCCCCCCACAUCUGACCAUCAGUUAUCUUGUGAUGCAUCACGGAUACAACGUCAACUGGACAAGCUGUCUACACCAGCACCUAAAUAUCAGUCCCGAGCACAGAGUGAUCUCGAUCUUCCAACACAAGAUCUGGUUGUCCGCCCAUUCUGGCAUUGAAAGCCAAUGCUUUCUACCUCCAACGGUCAUAGACGAGGCACUUGACACAUUGAAUCUACUGUUUCCACUUCACGACGCUGGAACCAAAUCCUUCCUCGACAAACAAAGGCAAACAUUCCACAACUUGAUCCUCUGUAGGAGGACCCUAAAGUCGAAUUUGAGUGACUAUGAACACUGGGGAGAGCAGAUGCAGCAACUCAUCCGAAUCCUCGAUGAGCCACCUGUGGGCUUUCGACAAUUUCUUCCCCGUCGAGACCGACCAAAUCUCAUCGAGUCAGCAAACUUCUGGAUCGCUGGAUUUGUGGCCUUCCUGGCGGUUAUCAGCUUCGUGUUUGGUCUCAUUGCCGUGGUCUAUUCAAAGCAGUCAGUCGAGAUUGCGAAAGAGUCACUGGAGCUGACGAAGCUACAAUACCUACUCUCGAUGGCUCAAGCAUGCUCUGAUCCCAACGAAGCUCGAUUACUUCCUACGUUCUGUGACCAACGCAAAUAA